AUGAGUUCUAACUAUCAACCGCCUUCUACAUCAUGGGGAGUUGUCAAGAACCCUCUUAGGAACCCAGAACCUGAGUUUCCGGAAGAAGGUGAGCAUGCAACAGAAGAACCAGCUCCGGCCUAUUCAACUGCUAAUAAACAUCCGUUGUCUUUAAGUUCUUCUAGAAAUGAUAAACAUCCGCAGGUUGAAAGUCGUUUAUCUGUUACUCAAAGUUAUGCGGAGCCACCAAGUUUUUCAUCAAUAAGAGCAUAUUCCAGUGUUAAUCCUUACUUCGAUUCACCACAUGGUGCAAGUCACAAUAUGACUGGAAGCACUUUGAAGAACCACUACAAAGCACUUAAUGGUCAGUGGACAGCUGGUGAUGAUUAUAAUGGUGUCGCUGAUCAAAGUUAUGGGCAACUGCCAAGUAUUUCAUCAAUAAGACCAUAUUCUAGUGGUAAUCCUGAGUUUAAACCUGAUGUUGUUGAUGAUGGUAUCGCUGAAAGUAGGAAAUUUUAUCCACGAAAGACUGAGGGAUCCAUCCCGGAAGAAUAG